AUGACGGGACAAACUUAAAUGGUUAUUUGGAUCAAAAAUCAAUGUGAGUUCACGUUGCUCUGAAUUUUUUAGACUCACUACAAAAGUUUUAAUUCGCCUGCAUUUUUCCCAUUGCGCGGUGUCUACUUUCUUAUUUCUAACUCGACUUCUUCAUCCUUUCCUCCUAAAGCAGACAGCGACAUAACUAAAAACCUUAUUAAUUGAGGAAGACAAUGGUGGACUGGUUAUCCUGUCUGGCCUUCCAGGCUAGCGCCAAAUGGUGAUGGAUCUGGUCUGCGCGUUUAUGCUCGCGAUCACUAAAUUAGUUAGUAGUCGUCGUGUGCAUCGCUGCGCAAUAAGCGUAGCUGGUGAUACCGGCCGAGGCAAACACUAUCGGCAUGAUGGGCAUUGUGCCAGCAUUUGCAGACACAGCGGCAUUGAUAUUGCUUGGAAUUGUCAAGUUUGCAAAUGCGCAUUUUGUAUGUCUUGGUUGCGUACUAUGCAAGCGGGUAACGUGGGUCUCAGACGAAUCCUGGCCCCCUAUCUAUAUAUCCAGAAAUUAGGCACAUUUCUACUGGUACUUGCGAGAGUUGAUACUGAGAUUUGCGAUUUUUUUCGGAUUAAAGAGAGAUUAGGCUUCGCGAUGAUAAUUAACAUGUCGAUAUAGCAGGCUAACAGCAACUAUUUUAAAGUACUCGCAAUCAUUCCGAGCCUGCCUAUUUAUGUAGUUAGACAAACAGCCGUAAGAAAAAU